AUGGAUACCUCCACCAAUCUUACCAACAGUUCCAGUCUCCAGAUUUCCCUGUUCAUCUUGAUGGGGCUCCCAGGCAUUCAUGAGUGGCAGCACUGGCUCUCCCUGCCCCUGGCUCUGCUCUAUCUUUUAGCUCUUGCUGCCAAUAUCCUCAUCUUGAUCACUAUCCAACAUGAAUCCACACUCCAUGAGCCCAUGUACCAUCUCCUGAGCAUAUUGGCAGUUGUGGACAUUGGCUUGGCCAGCACUAUUAUGCCCAAGAUUAUAGCCAUCUUCUGGUUUGAUGCCAAGGCCAUCAGCCUCCCUGAAUGUUUUGUUCAGAUGUAUGUCAUCCACUAUUUCUUUUGCAUGGAGUCUGGUAUCUUCCUCUGCAUGGCAGUGGACAGAUACAUAGCCAUCUGUCACCCACUGCGAUAUCCCACCAUAGUCACUGAAGCUUUUAUGGUUAGAGUCAUAGGAUUCAUGGUGCUCAGAAAUUGCCUGUUCACCAUCCCAGUGCCUGUACUGGCUGCCCAAAGGCUCUACUGCUCCAGGAAUGAAAUUGACCACUGCCUGUGUUCUAACUUGGGUGUUAUCAGCCUGGCUUGUGAUGACAUCACUGUGAACAAAUUCUACCAACUGAUGUUAGCUUGGAUCCUGGUUGGGAGUGAUAUGGCUCUGGUUUUUUCUUCCUAUGCCCUAAUCCUUCACACUGUACUGAGGCUGAACUCAGCAGAAGCAAUGUCCAAGGCUCUGAGCACCUGCAGCUCACACCUCAUCCUCAUCCUCUUCUUCUAUACAGGUAUUAUUGUGCUGUCUGUUACACACCUUGUAGAGAAAAAGAUUCCCCUUAUCCCUGUACUCCUUAAUGUGCUACACAAUGUCAUUCCCCCUGCUCUCAACCCCAUGGUUUAUGCCCUCAGGAUGCAUGAGCUCAGACGGGGCUUCCAGAGGCUGUUUCACUGCAGAACUAUUAAGAAACAACCUGUGUUACAAUUCUAUAAUGAAAUGGAAUGUUAUAUAUUGAUAUUUUUGUAA